AUGUCGGAGCACGCGCAGUCCGAUCCGUCUGUCAUGGUCCAGCUUCAAUCAAUGUUCCAUGCUGGUACAGAAGCUUUGCCGCCUCACCUUUGCCAGGUGUGCGCGGACAUGACGGGCUCAGCGGCGGGUUUGUCUGCCUUGAUUUCAUCACAGGGCUACCACCACAGCACAGUCCCGCAGGUUCGACAAGCCGCUGCGGGAGGUUGCAUGUUCUGCAGCACAGUAUUGGACAUGGUAUUGACUGGCCACUUGUACAGUCGCAUCCCCGGCCAAGCUGCCAAACGUCUGCAACUAGACGACACCGUCAGAGCAUUGGUACGGAGCCAGGGACAAGUGUGUGACUUUCAUGUACUUCGAACAAAGGUUGGCUUCUACAUGGACAGGCCUAUUGUGUUUGGAGCAUUUACAAAUGCUGCCGAGCCUGUCCAGAUUUGCCUGGUGGAAUCGGCAGGUAACCCUGUGAUUCUCUCCUUCAAACCGCAACCUUUGUCGAUAUCCACUGUCAGUGAUGACAUGGUUGAGGGAUAUAUGCGACUGCUGAAAGAAUGCACAACUCAUCACUCGUCCGCUUGCCCCCCGGACGUGGAACAUCUCCUACCCCUUCGCGUUAUUGACGUUGACUGUCCGGGGACGCCGAUGAAUAUUGGCCUCGUUAACAACGGCAAUGUUCCCCGGUAUGGCCGGUACACUGCGCUGAGUUAUUGCUGGGGCAAACCUCCACAUGUGUUUAAAACUACAACGUCCGUGAUGCAGGACCCUUCCCUAAUAGAUUGGUCUACCGCGCCUGGUACCAUCUUAGAUGCCAUCACCAUCACCCGAAGACUUGGGAUACGAUAUCUUUGGGUAGAUGCUGUAUGCAUCCUGCAAGACGACGAGGACGACAAGACGACUCAAAUCAAGGACAUGGCGCGGAUAUAUAAGAAUUCUGCCGUGACAAUUGUUGCUGCGAGCGCAUCCGGCGUGAAUGAAGGGUUCAUCAGGGACAAGUCAGUCAAGAGCAUCGCCUUUCCAGUAAAUGCCAUUGAUCCUACUCGCAAUACGGUGCUGCAUGUUGGAACACUCUGGGUCCACGCAAACACUCCCGAUGAGCCUGAAGAACCUGUCGAUUCCCGGGGCUGGACGCUUCAAGAAUCCCUUCUCUCUCCGCGAAUUUUAUACUACGGCUCCAAGGACGUAAUCUGGAAGUGCCAAGCAAAGCCAUUCCAGCCCGUCGUCGGGUCACAUAACCUCUACAAACCCGAAGGCAUGCGACGACUGCCUUCCAUCAUAUUCGGCAUUCAGCUGCCAAGCACGCAGUCUCCUUUGGGCCACUGGCCACACAUAAUGUCGGAGUAUUCCAGGCGGAAACUGAGCCUGGAUGUGGACAACUUCCGUGCCAUAGGCGGCAUCGCAGAGGAGCUUCAGAUAGCAUCGGGCGACACAUACAUUGCCGGGCUGUGGAAGAACAACAUGGCCAAAAGUCUUGCGUGGUUCCGGACGGACAGGACUGUGCCAAGGCAAGCACAUGAUUCUUCCUUCAGGAGACCGACGUGGUCUUGGCUCACUACUCUGUUCCCUGUCGCACAGAUCGGUAUUGAAGCAGAUGCUGGCAGCGGUGAAAGAGUUGAACUCCUACGCUGGUCCGUAGAAUUAGCGGACACGACUGCCCCCUUUGGCCAUGUCAUUGGAGGAGCUCUGGAAUUGUCUGGCCAGGUGAUCAAAGCAUCAGACAUACCACUGGCUGUGAUUUCCACCAUGACGGUGAUGCUAGACUCUGGAGUAUCUGACGAUGAUGAUGAGCAAGCAGGCAGGUUCGUCGGCGACGAGUACUACUACUUGCUACUUGGAAAUUGUGGAGAGGGAAAGGACAGAAUAAUCAUGCUGUUGCGGGAACUCGUCGAUGGAACGUUUGUGAGAUGUGGCGUUGCGCAUUUGGAUGCGAACAAAGCGCUAUCUAUAUGGGAAACGGAGAGGGUUCGCAGGACAAAGGUUACGUUGGUGUAG